UUGUACAACAGGAGUGCGUAGCUUAAUUCUAUACAGCAGUUACAUGCAAUUUUGGCCAAGUGACACUGACAUGCACGCCGACUUGGAAUUUCUUGAGCAUGGCGACGCGUGACCGUCACGUCUUGAGCUCGUGUUUGAUGACAUCAUCAUCCUUCUUACACAACGAACCGAUAGCAGAAGUAACUUAUCGCCUAGAAUAGCUGCAGAUCUCUAGCUCAAGGCUAUUUUGCUUCCCUAAUCGAUUCAGAAAAUGUCAUCCAGUCCAGCAAACCUAGAAGGUUUUGUGAGGGCAGCUGGUGAUGGCCAGCUACUACAGAUGAUGAAGGCUCUUCGCCAUCUGAACGAUCUGAACCAGCAGGACUCCAACGGAGACGUAGCACUUUGCCAAGCUUCUAGAGGUGGACAUCACGAUAUCUGCUUUAAGCUGGUGAUGGAGUACAAAGUAAAUGUCAACGCCAGAGACUCGCGGCGAAAAUGUCCUAUCCAUCACGCUGCAGCGGGGGGACACGACAAGGUCGUAGAAUUGUUCGUUCACAACGGAGCCACCGUUGACGUCACAGACGGCGAAGGGUGGAGCUCUCUACACCACGCGGCUCAAAGCGGAAGUCUGAACUCUGUUCGAGCACUUCUUAGGAAAGGAGUACCGUUGAAUGCACAAACUCCAAACGGAGAUACGGCAACACACUUAGCAGUGCUAUCAAGCGAAUUCUCGCUUGACGUACUCAAAGAAUUGAGUGGGUGGCCGGGAGUGAGAUUAGAUCUAAAGAACAAAGAAGGUGAGUCUGCACUAGAUGUGGCCAAGAGGAGUGGAAACAGGCAAGCUGUCGAACAUCUUACCUCAAACUUGUGUGAAACACCAACUUUGAGCAAAAGACAAGAAACUAUUCAAACUUCUGUGCAGUUGUCUGUUAGUAAAGGAAGCCCUCCUACUGCACCUAGACGUAACAGGCCCGUAACAAAACCCCGGCCAGCCACUUGGAUGGAGCGCAGAAACACUGUUGACGGAUCUCGUCUUUCGUCACCUGGCUCGUCUGACAGAACAACGAGUUCAAGACGUCAAAACGUGACGCUUCCUCGAAGUAGCCCGUCUCAAUUGGAACUGCUAGUGGUUCAGAAUAGAGAACAUGCCGAUAUAUUUAUGGAAACAGCAAGGCGGAUCGAUACUCCGAGAAACCAGGAGCAAGGCGAAACGAAAGAGAUUGAGGCUGGCGUAUCUCGUCUUUUGUCACCUGGUUUGUCAGGCAGAACAACAAGUUCAAGCCGUCAAAACGCGACGCUUUCUAGUAGCCCAUCUCAAUUGGAACCGCUGGAGGCUCAGAAUAGAAAACGCGGGUUUGACGAUCUAGAUGGGGCUAUGAAGACAGCAAGCCGGAUCGAUACUCAAGAACAAUGCGAAGCGGAGGGGAUGGAGGUUGAGGAGAUCCAAAUUACAGACACUAGACCACUAAAUCAAAAGUUGGAGCACACGCCCAUAUACGAAAACACAGCAACGUUUAUCGAACACCAAGUAAAUCAUUUUGAUGUAGAAAGCGUAAGACGAGAUCCCGCAAUUGAAAGAGCUGGUAGUGGAAAAACUAGUGGCGACAAUGCACCAACAGAUCAACAGUUACCAUCUGACACUCCGCAACAGCUAACUCAAGUAGACAAUUACCAGUCAGGUGAUGGUGAGACUAUUGAUACACUUGAAGAGAACUUAAGGUUACAAGUGUGUUGCAUGGAAACUACGAUAAAGCAACAACGUCAAGAAAUUGCGCGACAGGGACAGCUACUCAACUCUUAUCAAAAGGGUGUACGUUACAAAGAGCAAGAAAUAAUGGAGAGUCUUAUCCAGACAAUAGAGAAUUUAAACAAAGAACUUGAGGAUUAUUCAGACAACGCAACCAGCACAAAACUGAGACACGAAAGCGAGCUAAAACAACUUCGUGAUCGAUUAGAAAGAGCAGAAAAGACAAAUAAAGAGUUGCGCGAUCAGUUGGAAACACAACGAAAUGACUACCGUCUUUUAGAACAAAGCACUAGUGAGACCGAAAAUCAGCUGCAUAGUUUCCAAAACCCUCUUACAAUUAAACCUGACACAAUCAAACCUACGACAGAAGAACUUGGAGUCGGAUCACAUGGAGGUGUAAAGGUUGUACGAUGGAAUGGUGUGCCAGUUGCAGCAAAAGCUGUUCACAGUAUCAUAGUCGACUCGCGUAUCAGAGGUCUCGUUCAACAAGAAAUCGAUAGCUGUUGUCGCAUUCGUCAUCCAAACAUUGUAACAGUGUUUGGGGCCGUCACAGACGACGAUAAGCCACCUCAACUGCUGAUGGAAAUAAUGGAAGGAUCUUUAAGCGCCGUGAUAACGGCAGCUAGAAAAAACUACCUUACAGUGCGAGAGCAGGUAGACAUCAUGCGAGACUGCUCUGCGGGUAUCAACUACAUGCACUCGUUAACACCACCUCUUCUUCACGGUGAUGUUAGAUCAGAAAACGUACUCGUAACACAAAACAUGACAGCCAAGCUGGGCGAUCUCGGUGCUGCUCACAUUCUGAAUGCUUCCAAGUCUGCCGGACCUCUCAGCUUGAAUUAUCUUGCUCCAGAGAGAAAGCCUGAUCUAGUAAGCGGUACGGCAAUUCACAACACUCCGGCGGCAGACAUGUUUAGUUUUGGAAUUCUGAAUAUUGAAAUAAUAACUGGGAGUGUACCUGGAUUGAACGAGAGAUCGAAACGUGUACGAGCAAUCCAACACAAGGGAUUGCGGGCGAUGUGUCAGCAGAUGAUAGACGAACGACCCCACACUCGCCCAGCUUGCUCAAAUAUUUUACAGCAAGUACUCGAGAUGACGCAUACUAGCCAAUACACUGAAUGCCAACCGAAAAGAAGAGUACAAAGAAACCGUGAGAAAGGAGUAGACUUGCUGCACUCAGCAAUAUACUGCUAGGACCAUAUUACUUGCAUAAUUGCCAUUGUGCUACCAUUGCAGUCGUAAUUAUAUUGUAUACUAUACUACGCAUGCGUAUAUUAACUUAAGUGUUUACUUCAAUUUUCGUUUAUUACUUGCUGCACGCAUGGUCUGGCAGUCAGCGACGUUGCCAAAGCAAAAAAUUUGAGGGGAGUUCAUUAUUAAUAUUAAUUUGUUCAAACUUAAUAUUAAUUUGUUUAAAAUUAACUGCAUACGUAUAGAUUUGCAAACUAACAACAUAUCAUUUCGGUACUGUAUAAUUAUGCACAUAAAAUCACUCUGU